AGUAUGUUAAAAAGCAACAGCAGAAUGGCAAUACUUAUUGAGAUUUACGUAAACAAAGUAAAAUUUGUUGUAUUUUGAUAAAUGUUGUUUAAUUAUUUCUUUUUAUGUGAAACGUAUAUAUAUUAUUUGGAGAAUUAGUAACGUUUCGUCAGAGUUCAUUGAAAAUUUCAAGCAUGUCUCAGAAAGAUUCAUCCGAAAAAAAUCUUUUAAAAUCCUUAGAAACUCCGGAAGAGAAGCGUCUAAGAAGAUUCGCAAAGAAAGAGUUGAAAGAACGUAAGAGAAAGGAAAAAGUGUUAGGAUGGGACAAAGAAUACAUAAACUACACAAAUACUGAUAACCCCUUCGGUGAUACAAACUUAUUAAAUACAUUUGUGUGGAAGAAAAAACUGGAAAAGGAGGGUCUUAACAAGUUAGAUAAAGAAGAGUUGGAACGAAGAAAUCGACAGAAGCUAGAACAAAAUAAGCUGGAAUUAGAAAAAGUUAAACAGCGUCGUUUAGAGAGAGAAAAAGAACGAGAGUUCAGAGAAGCAGAAAUGACGAGAAUUCAAAGAGAAAAGGAAGCAGCGACUUUUUCUGAAUGGGAGAAACAGGAAGAUACAUUCCACUUGCAGCAGGCUAAAUUAAGAUCUAAAAUCCGUAUUCAAGAUGGAAGAGCUAAACCUAUCGAUUUAUUAGCUCGUUAUAUCAGCUCUGAAGAAGAAGAUUUUACUGUUGAGAUGCAUGAGCCUUAUGUAUAUCUAAAUGGACUAAAAAGUCAAGAUCUUGAGGACCUCCAAGAAGAUAUAAAAGUCUACAUUGAGUUAGAAAACGGGAAGAACUUUGAUUACUGGAAAGAUCUUCAGAUAAUAGUUGAUGAUGAAAUUCAUAAGUUAAGAGAACUGAGUGGAUCUGAACAUCGUGAAAGCAUUAACUCAUCGGUUAAUUCGGAAAUAGUUUCAAUUUUUAAGGGUAAAUCUCCGACUCAACUUCAAGCUAUGUAUCGCCAAAUUGAGAAGAAAAUUGCAGAGAGAGGUGAAGGUUUAGAUAUUAGCUAUUGGGAAACUUUGCUAUCACGACUCAAUGCUUAUAUGGCCCGUGCUAGGCUACGAGAACGUCACGAGGAAAACUUGCGACAUAAGUUAUAUAAACUCAAACAAGAACAAGGAGUUGAGCGUACUCCCUUAUUUCCUUGUGUAUCUAAUAACAGAUUAUCUGAUGAUUUAAAGGAUAAUGAUGCUCCAUCUACAUCCAGGGUCUCAAAUGUGUCCUCAAACUUAAGUGACACAAAUACAGCAUCAAAUUCAAGUGAUACGGAUGCACCAUCAACCUCUAAAGACACAAAUGCCUCCUCGACAUCGUGUGACAGAAAUGAACCUUCUACUUCGAGUGACACGAAUGAUCACGUUUUUAAAGAACCUGAAAACAAGAACACUGAGGUUCAAAAUAAUGAAAAAAGUAAGAUUACUGGAAAACCUGUUUUGGAAUCCUAUGAGUCUGGCCGUUACAGUCCUGUGUUAAUUCGUUAUUCUAAAGUUGAACCAGGUGUUAUUCUUUUGGAUCCAGUUGAAGAUGCUGAUCGUUUGGAAUUCAUGCAAAAGCGUCUGUCUAAACAAGGCUCUGCAUCUGGAAUGGAUCUUUUGUCUGAAGAAGAAAAAGCUUUUCACAAAAUUGCCAAAAAGGGCAUGGAUAGUGAUGAGGCAGUGUUUAGCGUUGAACAUAAUGUAGACAAAGCUUAUACUUGGUCAGAUAAAUAUAGGCCUCGUAAACCGAGAUAUUUCAAUCGCGUCCACACUGGCUUUGAGUGGAAUAAGUAUAAUCAGACCCAUUAUGACAUGGAUAAUCCUCCUCCUAAAAUUGUUCAAGGAUAUAAAUUUAAUAUUUUUUAUCCUGAUUUAAUUGACAAAACUAAAACUCCAGAAUAUAGUUUAAGUGUCUGUGAUGAUAAUAAAGAUUUUGCCAUUCUAAGGUUUAAAGCGGGUCCACCUUAUGAGGAUAUUGCAUUUAAAAUUGUCAACAAAGAAUGGGAAUAUUCUUACAAAAGAGGUUUUCGUUGCCAAUUCCAUAAUAACAUAUUUCAGCUAUACUUUCAUUUUAAACGUUAUCGAUAUCGACGAUAAAAGUAUUAGAGAUUGACUUUAUGACAUAUUCAAGUAAUAUGUGUGAACGGAAAUUUUUAGCUUUGUAUUUUCAGUAUGUAUACAUAAUAAAUUUCUGAUUCAUUGUCCGAGACAUCUGUAUAAAAAUAUAAAUAUUUUGUAGCAACACUAUUUUAUAGCCAUAGAGAGACUCAUCAAAUAUCUAUAAUAUAUGAAUCUAAUGUUCUGAUUUGUUAAUAAUUUUCUAAGAGCUGUAUCACUUUGAUUUUAUUAAACUGUGUAAAUUGUUAUGAA